GAGAUUUGGAGAAGGGUCCCAAUGAUGUAACGCUAACCUCUUCUAUAGAUCUGUACUUCUUCCUCGUUCGUUUCAACCUCUCACUCUUUCUUCUAUGACUUUCAUAUAUACUUGUGAUCAUCGUUGGUCAAUAUGAAAGAAAGAGAGUUCGAGAAAGGCGAGCUCCCGCCCUACAGCGCUGUAGCUGCACCCGAGCGACGUAGGCGCUGGCCCGUCCGACGUUCUCGUGGACUUAGGUUCGUUGCGUUGGCGUGUCUCGCUUUCAUUGUUUACGCGCAAUGGAGACAGAUCGAAUCAUCUCCGAGACAUAUCCCGAUAUCUAAAUUGUCAGCCGAUAAAUUGGCAGAGGAUUUACGGGUCUGCUCUAAAUUGCGUUCGAAGCCGCAAGACCCGAUCGGCCUGGGUCGAGAACGCAAUGCGCGAUAUGUCGAUGGACACAAACCUACCCUGAUUACUAAUGCGUGGGUUUGGGUCGGCGAACCUGCCGAUGGAACGAGUGAUGAGGAUGCGCACGCUGGAAAGGGCUUCAAGUGGAUUGAAGCUGAUGUGCUAUUGGAGUAUGGUCUCAUCAAGGAAGUCCGCAAGGGCAUUGAUGCUGGAUCGCUUCCGUCCGACACACUUGUAUGGGAUGCUAAAGGUCGCCAACUUACUACUGGUAUAAUCGACAUGCACAGCCAUGCUGGCGUAGACAGCUUGCCUGGGUUAAAUGGCAAUGAUGAUACGAAUGAGAUGGGCUCAAACAUAACCCCAUAUGUCCGUUCUAUCGACGGAAUCAACGUUUUCGAUCACCAGAUUCAAGUUAUUAAGAGUGGUGGAGUUACGACGAGCUUGGUGUUGCCGGGCUCUAGUAACAAUAUCGGAGGCGAAGCUUAUGUAAUUAAGCAUGCCGUUGGCAUACCGGACGGUCGCAACGAAACGUCGAUAACUGACUUGCUCGCCGACCCGGAACGUAGCUGGCGAUACAUUAAGAUGGCCUGUGGCGAGAAUUCUAAGCGCACUUAUGGCAAAGCUGGCGAGCAUGGACCUACGAGUCGGCUUGGCGAGUCUUGGGAAUUUAGACACGCUUUCGAACAGGCUGCCAAGUUGGUCCAAGCUCAGGAUGAUUGGUGCACCCUGGCUGAGUCGACAGGAGUUGAACGAAUGAGUAGCUACUUGCCACAAGACCUGGAAUGGGAAACGCUAAGUGCUGUUCUACGUGGACAUGUUCAUGUCAAUACGCACUGCUAUACAGUUCCUGAUUUGGAGGCGUUCGUAGACCAUACGAACGAGUUCAAGUUUCCGGUUCGUGCUUUCCACCAUGCUCACCAGACGUACCUUGUACCCGAAGUUCUUAAGCGAGCUUGGGGUGACUCUCCGCCCGCCUCGGCUCUGUUCGCGGACAAUAUGUGGUACAAGGCCGAAGCUUACAUCGGGUCCGAGUACGCUGGCAAGGUGCUGUAUGAAAAUGGGUUAACCCCCAUUUACGUGAGUGAUAACCCGGUCUUGAACGCUCAGCACGUUGUCUUCGAAGCUGCCAAAUCUUUUGGAUAUGGUUUGCCGUAUCAUGCUGCCUUGGCUGCCGUUACUACAGCCCCGGCUGAGAGGUUGGGAUUAGGACAGCGGGUAGGCAAGGUUAAGCCUGGCUUUGACGCCGAUAUUGUCGUAUGGGAUAGUGACCCGCUGAGUGUUGGUGCAGCGCCGGUCCAGGUCUGGAUUGAUGGAACCGCGCAAUUCGAUGACCCUGUCGAGCUGAGGAAACCGGUCGAAAAUCUUUCAGACUCUCUCCCAGAGGUCGCAGCUACUUCUGAUGAGGUUACCUAUGCUAGUGAUGUAAUAAUUACGGGAGUAUCGAAGUCCUUUUUGUCACCAGCGUUUCAAUCGGGCGCCCAUAGCCAGAAUUCGACUGUCGCAAUCUCAGGAGGUAAAAUCACAUGCGUGGGAGUUUGUGAAGAGGAACUUGAAAUCGCAUCCAAGUCAGGAAUUAAGGUCAUUUCCCUUCAGAACGGUUACUUAACCCGACCGUUCACAGUAUUUGGUUCCCUUCUCGGCCUCAACGGAAUCGAUGCCGAGAAAGAUACGGACAACGGUGGAAGUCCUACUGUUUUUAGCCGGGGAAUUGACGGGCUCGCAUUUGACACGAAGAAACUACACUACGCGCAGAAAUACGGCGUCACGCGAGCAAUCUCAGCGCCGAAAUACUCGGGGCAAGGAACACAUCAGGGUACCAGUGUUGGGUUCCGCACGGCUGCGAAGCACGCUCUUGAUGAUGGUGCUAUAUUUGCCGAUGAUGUCGCUGUGCAUUAUACGCUGGACCUCAGCGCAAAGCGGGGCAGCACUUCGAUCUCCAAUGCGAUCAACGAACUACGCCACAAGCUUCUCGAAGCCGUUGCCGCAGGUGCCAAUACCACAACAGACCCUUACACCGAAGCCGCGUUCCUGGCUAAAGUUGUUGAUGGAAAAUUACCUCUGGUUAUUAGUGUUCAUAGUGCAGACGCCAUUGCCGCUAUCUUGAGAGUAAAGCAGGCCGUCGAUAAUGCUAUUACCUCAUCGCAAAGAACUGGUAGCGGGGGUAUCAAAUUGGUCCUUAUUGGUGGCGCGGAAUCCUUCUUAUUGGCAGAGGAGCUGGCUGCUGCAGACGUCGGUGUCGUGCUUAGCCCGCUACUCUCGUACCGCAAUGGAUGGGAUCAACGAAGGGCGCUGACAGGGGCGCCACUCACUAACGGGACUGCUGUUGACGCACUUGUGGCGGCGGGAGUCCGUACGGCCGUCGGUAUCGACGAGGAUUGGCUAGUCCGUGAUGUCGGGCUGUUGGCAGGUAUUGCGUAUAAGAAUGGCCAGGGGAAAUUGAGUGAGAAGGACGCAUUGGAUUUGGUGUCGGAUAAUGUAUACGAAAUACUAGGGCUGAAUGGAGGUGGAAAUGAGGAUGAGAGGGAGUUUGUGGUGUUUGAGGGGAGCCCACUGGAGAUCGGAGCUAGGGUAAGGGCUGUUGGAAGUGGUGUUGAUAAAGAGGUUAUGGUGUUUUCGUAAUGUAUUGUGCUGGGAAGCAGGGGCCACCCUUACUGGGUAGGUACCAUCUAGGCGCAUACAAAUCUGGUAUCACUACCUAGUACUGAUGUCUAAGUUUCCUCGUUUUGGGGUGCAGACUGAUAAUAAAGAUAAGAGGCUUAUGUAAUAGGAAAAUGCAAUUCUCUAUUUAUGUAAAGAAAGGGGGUGCUAUUUUUAA